AUGAAAGAUGCAGAUAUUUUGAACCAGUAUGAAAUGAACAUGGCUGAUGGAAAUAUAACACCUGACGUUCUAGAACAUUUAUCUCAAAGAACUACACAGAACCAUAGAGAUGGUAUAUUUGGUGAAGAGUUUAGAAAGAAAGUUAGGGAGAGAGAAGGAAGAGAACCUAUUGUACAUGACCUUGCAAACGAAAGUUUGCAAAAUGUCAUAAAAACUUACUUUGCAGACAAUGAACCGAGAAGGGAUGAAUAUUUAAGAAAACUCAAAUGGACAGUACCAAAUGAAAUGUUAGUAUUGAAAAACAUGUUCCUUGACAAAAUAAAACCAACUACAGAAAUAAAUGACGCAAGACUGAAACAUUGGGUAAAAGCUUUCCCAUUCACAAAAGAUAUUAUUGGUAACAUGGAAAGAAAACCAGAAUGGCUACAAAAACAUAUAUUUGGAAACGAGCUUAUUCCAUAUGGACAAGCUCUGUUUGAAGAGCUUGAACCGGAAACUCAGGAAAGAGUCAUGCAAACAAUACGCGAAGACUCAAAUACAAACUAUGACAAAAUCUUUCUAGGAUAUAGGUUACCUGAGAUGGGCGACCAGAGCCCAAAGGCAAAAAGGACAUGGGAAAUUUACAACAUACUAGGUGAACAUGAGGCAAAGAUGCAACAACUUGAAGCAGAGGGCAAGUUACCAAAAGCGACACCAAAGAAGAAGAGUAGAACAAAGUGA